CGCAUUGAGAGUGUCGAGAGUCGAGACAUUCGUUGAGCCGAGCCGAGCCGAGCCGAACCGCCGAGUGAUCUCCGUUCAUUACCGCCGCGUACUUUUCGGCCGAAGACGAGAUCGCGUGUUCUUCGCGACUCGCGACAUCGUCGAUCGACGUGCAUGCCUGCGGUUAAACCACGCGGUCUCUCGAUUCUCGAUUCUCCAUCGACGAUCGUCGUCGCAAGCAGCGGGUAACGUGACCGACGUGAAGUUGCCGUCGCGUCGUUGGGACUUUCCUAACGGAUCUCGGAACUCUCGGAAGGUUUGGUGAGCGAUCGGGUGGACGACGCGAGCAAUCUCGUUUCCCGUUAUUUAUCCGUCCAGACUCUGGACUCCAGAGUGCAUCGUCCGCGUUCGCGCGUCGCAAACCAGUUAAGGUGGCUUGGAGUGGCAAAUCGAGCGAACGGAACGAUAAUUAGCCGGCGCGAGCGGUGAUCAAUCUAUCGUUUCCCGAUAUUCGCGAUGGCGUUUGGUGGCUCUCGGAGUGGUAGCCAGGCGUUAUCACAUUAAUUAGCGGAUGAUCGACGCGGCUGCGAUAUCAGUUCUCGCGCUCUCCACACGUGUUCGACGAGGGAAUGGACGAGGAGUCGACGGACGAGAAAACGACGGAGGAGCUACCUACUGUGGCCGAAGCCAAACUAGUAUUAUUGAAGUAAUCGCACUAACGAUAUAGAGGCCAUAGAGGAGCAGGCCGAGUGAAAGAAAGGUCCGUGGCCGCUAAAGGAAGUCUCUCUCGCAAAGCGAGAAAGGGGAAAAAGGAAGCCGUAAGCACGAUGGGUGAGAGACGCGGUACGAAGGCGCUGGAGCUUUGGUGCCGUCGGAUAACCGACGGUUAUCCGGGUGUAAACGUGCAAAACAUGACCACCUCCUGGAGAGACGGGCUUGCCUUCUGCGCCAUGAUUCAUCACUUUCGGCCGGACCUCAUCGACUUCAACAGCCUGAACAAGGACGAUGUGUACAGAAACAACGAGCUGGCUUUCAGAACGGCCGAGCAGCAUCUCGGGAUCCCUGCGCUCCUGGACGCCGAGGACAUGGCGUCCUGCACGGUGCCCGAUCGAUUGUCCAUUCUCACCUACCUUUCGCAAUUUUACCAAACUUUCGGAGGAUCUUCGCCCAGCCGUCUGGCGACGAACAGAACGACCGAAACCGCUGACGAGAGGAUCGCCCCUGUUCCGGAAUCUCCUAAACAAAAGGUGGGGUCGCGUUUGGGGAUGCGGAGGGAUCCAUGCGCCGCAUGCGGGCUGCCGGUCUUCCUGGCGGAGAAGCUGCUGAUAGCGCGCGCUCCUUAUCACCGUACCUGCUUCCGGUGCGCCCGCUGCGGCAACCAGCUGACGCCGGGCAACUACUACGAGACCGAAGAGGGCGAGUACUGCUGCGAGACGUGUCCGGACGAAGAGGAGACCGACAGCGUGCGUAACAAGUACGCCGAUUCGGCGAUGUCUGGCAUGGAAAUGGAGAGGAAUGAACCGAGGCCGCUCAGCGACGAGGAGAAAACGGAAAGAAAGGGUGUCUUGGAGAACGCAGCAGUGCCCGAUUUGAUCUCCCAUACGUCACAGAUGCGCAAGAGUUUUAUGACCAGCCAUCUUCUUUCCGAAAAGCUUGAUGAAUAUGCCGCGAAGGACAUCAAAAUUGACUCAGAUCACGAGGAAACAAAGAGCAGGGUCGGCUCGGCAUUCCCAGACGACGACGAGAACGAGGAGGAGGAGGAGGAGAAUGAUGAUGAUGAUGAUGAUGAUGAAUAUGAUGACACUAUUGAUGAUAACGAUGGUGGUAAUAAUGAGGAGGAGAAAUCUCGCUCUGUAACGAAUUUUCCAGAUGUGAAAGAGUUCAACGUUGAGCGAUAUGAUGUACAUAGCGCGUUAAAUAGCUUAGACAUUAGGAGCGACGAGGAUCAGCGAUCGACUGCCAUUUCAUUCCAUGACAUAGGUAGGAAAAGAAGAGAGGAGGAUACCAAAGAGUCGCCAGGACGCGCCGGUAAACGAGCCAAUCCCGAAACGAGACUGUCGUUGGUUCAGAAGAGACUCCAAAUGUUCGAGGCUCAGGACAACGUGCGACUCAGGGAUCACAUUGAUAGGACGGAUCAAAGCAAGAAAAGAAAUGCUGUGACUCAGGAUGUCACAAUGGUUCAGGGCGACUCCUGGGACCUGUCCCCGGACGUUCUUCCGGUAAAUGAGGAGGAACAUCCGGAAAAGCGGCUCGAGGAAGAUUUGAUAACUAAAAAUACUGAUAAACGUAAAAACAGUUUCGAGAAUGUCGGCAUACAGCGAGAAGAAAACUCGAAGAUUACAAGUAGCGAGAGAAACGAAGAGAAUUUCUCAAAGGAUGUCGUACGGGUGAAUAACGGAGAAAAGCUCGAUAAAGAUGAGCAUCUUGAGAAUAGUUCGAAAGUCAGAAGUAUCGAAAGACGAAAGGAGAGCUUCGCGAAGGUCGAGCACGAACGAAUCAAAGACAAUGAGACAGAUGAGGAGCAUUACAUUGAGGAAAGUGCCAUGGGAAGCAGCGUGCUAACCGCGAAAGGCAUCAAUUUAAGUGGCAACGAGGGUUAUCCGGAAGACCUGAAUCCUUUCAAGAAUGACAAGGAAGACAACGCCGUGGAGGGCAAACCGCGGACUUUGAUAAACAGCUCUGGGAAUAACAAAGUGUCGACUAAUCCAUUCGACAGCGAGGACGAGGACGUCGAGGAAUUAGAACCACCUAAACCAGCGGCGAGGAGUAAACCGGAAAAUCGGGGAAUGUCCGUGACCAAGCGGGUCCUGGCUGCGCCGCAAAUCAAUCUUAAUCCAUUUUCGAGUGACGAGGAAGAGGAGCACGGCAGUGACGAGGAAAGGCGAGACAGAACACCGCCUGGAAAUGUGCCUGUACCGAAACCGCGUACUAUCAAGACCACUCCCGAGGUAGGUAUACCACGGAGAGUCGAUUUGGAUCGUGGAGGCGUGUACGCAUCUAAUAGUUCCUUAACUAGCUCCGAAUCAACUACAACUCCCGGUGGGACAUACAGGAAGAAAAAACCUGCGCCGCAGCCACCGGUCGCGAAAGAAUUGUUUCCAUCUGAGCAGCGCGAGUCGCCUAUACUCAAAUCAUCUAACAGUACAUUACCGUAUCACGACUCAUCGCUUCGCACAACACCACGAGCUCGAAAAACCAAACCGGCUCCUCCACCGCCAAUGCCAACCAGCACACCUUGCAAUAUAUCGAUCGGUAGUGCGUUAAGUUUUGAUGAGUCUCCCAUAAUCAAGCUUGGUGGCGAUGAUCGUAACUUGAACAUGUGGGAAGAUCAAAAGACAAACAAAGACGAGGCGAAUCGAAAUAGACAGAGUUUGAGUACCGUUUCGUGCACCGACAGUUCCUCCUACACAUCUUACACUGACAAAAGCGUGCAAGGAAAGUGGAAGAGGAAAAAGGGACCCGCCCCACCGCGACCAAUUCCGCAUAGGAGAAAGAUCAAAGUGGUAUCUAUGAAAGACGUGAAAUUAGAACUAGAUGAGAUAGAAUUGCAACAGCAAGGCUUAGAAAGACAAGGUGUGCGAUUGGAACAGUUGAUACGAGAUAAAUGCGAAUCUGGACCUAGAGCAGACGAUUCGUCGCUUGGUACGGACGUGGAGGAAUUGGUUUUAGAGUUGUUCGCAUUAGUGAACGAAAAAAAUGAAUUAUUCAGAAGACAGGCCGAAUUAAUGUUACUACGGAGGCAACAAAGAUUAGAGGAAGAACACGUUGAAGUGGAAUAUCAAAUACGAUGUCUUAUGUGCCAACCAGAAGCUACUAAAACGGACUCUGAUAAACAGAGGGAAGAAGCAUUAAUACAAAGGUUAGUAGAGAUUGUAGAGAGAAGAAACGAAAUUGUCGAAUGCUUAGAGAUGGAUCGUCGAAGAGAGGUAGAAGAGGAUAGAAGCAUAAAUAAACAUAUGGGUUUAUUUGCUGCGAGGAACAAGAACGAGCUAUCAGGCAAAGACAAUGAUUCUUCUAAUGCAGGGAAGACGAAAAAGGGAAAAACGAAGGAGAAAGUAAAAGAAAAGAAGUUAAAAAAGGCCAUGAAAAAGGAUGCCGACAAGGAUGUGGAUGAGACUGAAGUGAAACUCAAACGCCAUAGUAAGAGAAAAUGGUUUUGAGUUGCGAUAGUGUUAACAGUUAACGAAUACGAUAGAUAUAUAAAAUAUUUCAUAUUUAAUACUUUUAUAUAUAUUUUUAACACUUUGUUAUUUAUAUAU